GGAGGGGACUGGGGGACUUGGUCCUCGCCGGGGCGCUGGGGCAUCUGAGCAGCCCCUCGGAGCCCGUCUGAACCCCGGCCGGGAGGGCAACCGCCGGCGGGAUUAGCCGUCUCCGGACCGCGGGGCCAGAAGGUCCCCGCCCUUUGUGGUGCAAAUGAGGAGCGCGCGGGGGCCCGGGGGGCGGCGCUCGCCCGGGACCAAGUUCGCCUGCCGCGUCUCCGACACUCCCGUCACACUUUGAGCUCGGCGCGGCUCGGUCGGAUCCCUCCAGGGACACCCACCCCCCCUGCCGACGCGGAGGAAUGCUGAGGAAGGACUUGUCCUUAAGAGUCGCCAGUGCUCCAAACCUGGCCGUGACCACAACUGAGGAGCCUGAUGUGCACAGCAGGUGCGAAAGCCCGGCCGGCAGCAGCCUCGGAGAUGAAGGUCUGCGCCUGGGGCCUGUGGACACAGAUGUGCAUGUGGGUUUGAACCCCGCUGCCCUGUGGCCACGGGCUCGCCGCCCCGAGAACAUGACAACAGCCCGUAACGGCCACGGCCGACUCGCCGCGAUCCCCUGUUCCGUCUCUGAUUCCAAAGACCCCAAAAUGGUGACCUACCCAGCGUGUCAGAAUGGAGGCUGCGGCAGCAACCCCUGCGGGGAUGCGGAAGGCGCCGCGGAGGCCAGACUCAGCCCCGCCAGGCUCAUCCGCCUCUUCUCCGUGAGCAGGAAGAGGGCCAGCGCCAACCCGGAAAGGCCCCGCUCCAUGGUCCUGAUGGGAAAUUCCUCCACCUGGAACGCCCUUGCCUCCUUCCGGAAAAUGGGGUCUUUUAAAAAACUGAAGUCCUCCGUCCUCCAGGGAAUUCAGAACCGAGAGGGGUCAGAUGCGGCAAAGGAAGACGCCCCGGAACGCGACCUGGGGAAACCCAUCCCGAACGGUGCUGCCGCCGGAACGCACACCGGCAGGUGCCCCUCCUCGGGGCCGGCGAGCGACCCCGCCGCCAAGGCGGCUCCCGGGGCCGCGUCGGACUGCUCCGACCCCGAGGAGGCCGACGACGCCUUCCAGAGGAGCACCCACCGGUCCCGCAGCAUCCGCCGCGCCUACGGCCUGGGCCGCAUCAGCUUCCUGGAUGGCGAGAAGCAUCAGGGGUCCCAGAACCACGUCGGGCCCCUGGCCCCCGUCUCCCAGGAGCCCGCGCUGUGUGAGAUUCUAGUGAAAGACUCUGAGAACAACAGCAUCGUCUACCGGAAAAGCAAGAGCACCGACAACUUGAACUUUCUGAAGAAGAGCUCCUUCAAACGGAAGUCCACCUCGAAUCUCAUGGACCUCAAGGGGGCGCCCGAAAAGCCCGCGCCCCGGAGGACGCUGAGCAGUUCGUCCGCCGACUCGGAGAAGUUCGGUGGGGCCGGGGCCGAGAGGAGGACGAAACGCUGGAAGAGCCCGCUGCGGGCCAGGGACUUCGACAGAGUCCUGAGGUUUGUGAGCAGCGCCGCGGACGCGGCCUGGCGGAGAGAGAGCCCCCGGAGCGGGGCGCCCCCGCCGGGCGAGGCAAGCCAGAGGCUGCAGGUGCACAGCAGGCUGCACGACGCCUACUCCCGCCGCGUGUCCACCACCGCCGAGCGCGAGUGGAGGAGGUGCGCAGGCGCAGGCGCGCACGCCGCCCCGGGCUGUGGCCCGGCGGGGGCGGGGAGCCCCCCGGGGGACGCGGCCGCGGCCGCGUGUCCCCUCGAAGCCGCAGGCUCCUGGGCGGCGGCGAGCGCGGGUCCUGGCGCCGGCAGCGCCUCGGCGAGUCCGGCUGCCGAGGACCCGGGCGGACGCCAAGCUGGCAGCCGGUUUACCUUCGAGCCGGAGCAGCCGCUCACCCCCCAAAGGCCAACCACGCCCAAGCCCCCCAGCCCUCAGAGCCCGGGUGCAGGAAACGCCACGUGUCCCAGCAGUCUCAGCGCGCUGUCCCUGAGUUCAGUGGACAGUGAAGAGAGGGCCGAGGGGCCCGCGUCCUCCCAGGAUUCGGCGCAAGCCACGUGUGACAAGGGCAGUGACGACAGCAGCGUCGGCAGCCACCCUCAGCUGAGCCCCCACCUGGUGUCGGGUCCCGAAGAAAGGAGGGAGGAGGUUGUGGCUGAGGAAUCCUGGAGGCGGGGCUCAUCACGGGAUGAAGAGAGGACAGAGGCUCAGAGGAUCACCAGGAGGAAGUGGGGUUCUGGGAGAAGGUCAAGGCCCCGACCGCUCUCCGACUAUGGCCAGUUGGCCAACCGAAGUCUCUCUAUUCCUGAAGACUCCGUUGCUGUGGACCCCCAGAAAGAGGACACUGUGGACGGGGACCAGCAGCCAAACACGGCCUCCAUGGACCCUGCAGACCAGAACCCUGCCGUGGGCUGUCCCAAAGGCGGCCGGAGAAGACGCCCCAUCUCUGUGAUAGGCGGGGUCAGCUUCUAUGGGAACAGCCAGACAGAGGAAAUAGAGAGUCUUCUGACCCAACCGGCGGCCAGGCCUCCCGUGCCAGCUCACCAGGUGCUGCCCUACAAGGCGGUUUCGGCCCGGUUCCGGCCCUUCACCUUCUCCCAGAGCACCCCCAUCGGACUGGACCGCGUGGGGCGCCGGCGGCAGAUGCGAGCGUCCAACGUCUCUUCAGAUGGAGGUACCGAGUCCUCUGCCUUAGUGGAUGACAACGGCAGCGAGGAGGAUUACAGCUAUGAAGACAUCUGUCAGGCCAACCCCAGAUACCUCCAGCCGGGCGGGGAACAGCUGGCCAUCAACGAGCUGAUCAGCGAUGGCAGUGUGGUCUGCGCAGAGGCCCUAUGGGACCACGUGACCAUGGACGACCAGGAACUGGGCUUCAAGGCAGGAGAUGUCAUCCAGGUUCUGGAAGCCUCUAACAAGGACUGGUGGUGGGGCCGGAGUGAAGACAAGGAAGCCUGGUUCCCCGCAAGCUUUGUCAGAUUGCGUGUCAAUCAGGAAGAGCUGUCGGAGAAUUCCAGCAGCACCCAGGGUGAGGAGCAGGAGGAGGAUGCCGGCAAGAACCACCACAGACACUUGGAGAGCAAGCACCAGAUGAGGACCAAUGUCAUCCAGGAGAUCAUGAACACUGAGCGGGUGUACAUCAAGCACCUCAAGGACAUCUGUGAGGGCUAUAUCCGACAGUGUCGCAAACACACGGGAAUGUUCACUGUUGCGCAACUAGCCACCAUUUUUGGAAACAUUGAAGAUAUUUACAAAUUCCAAAGAAAGUUCCUGAAAGACCUUGAGAAACAGUACAAUAAAGAGGAACCUCAUUUAAGUGAAAUAGGAUCCUGCUUUCUGCAACAUCAAGAGGGCUUUGCCAUCUACUCCGAGUACUGUAACAACCACCCGGGCGCCUGCGCGGAGCUGUCCCGCCUGAUGAAGCAGGGCCGCUACCGACACUUCUUCGAAGCCUGCCGCCUGCUGCAGCAGAUGAUCGACAUCGCCAUCGACGGGUUCCUGCUGACGCCGGUGCAGAAGAUCUGCAAGUACCCUCUGCAGCUGGCCGAGCUGCUCAAGUACACCACGCAGGAGCACAGUGAUUACAACAAUAUAAAGGCAGCCUACGAAGCCAUGAAGAACGUAGCCUGUUUGAUCAAUGAGCGCAAGCGCAGGCUGGAAAGCAUAGACAAGAUAGCACGGUGGCAGGUGUCCAUCGUGGGCUGGGAGGGGCUGGAUAUCCUCGAGCGGAGCUCGGAACUGAUCCACUCCGGGGAGCUGACCCAGGUCAGCAGGCACGGCAAGAGCCAGCAGCGGACGUUCUUCCUGUUUGACCACCAGCUGGUGUCGUGCAAGAAGGACCUGCUGCGCAGGGACGUGCUCUACUACCGAGGCCGCACGGACAUGGACGAGGUGCGGCUCGUGGACCUGGCGGACGGGCGGGACAAGGACUGGAACCUCAGCGUGAAGAACGCCUUCAAGCUCGUCAGCAAAACCACCGACGAGGUUCACCUGUUCUGUGCCAAGAAGCAGGAAGACAAGGCGAGGUGGCUGCAGGCCUGCGGCGACGAGAGGAGGCGCGUGCGGGAGGACCGCGAGAUGGGAAUGGAAAUUUCAGAAAAUCAAAAGAAACUCGCCAUGCUAAAUGCUCAAAAGGCAGGACACGGGAAGUCAAAGGGCUACAGCGCGUGCCCGGUGGCCCUGCCGCACCAGAGCUUGCACCCCCUUCACCAGCGCCACGUGACCGUGCCCACCAGCGUCCCCCAGCAGCAGGUGUUCGCCCUGGCGGAACCCAAGAGGAAGCCCUCGCUCCUCUGGCACACGUUCAACAGACUCACCCCUUUCAAGAAGUGAAAACGAAGGCCGCGCUUCUGCUGAGGCGUCCGCCAAGAGGAGAACCAGUUUUGUUUCUCGCGUGCUGACCCCAGAGCUGAGAACCUGUUUCGGGGGAUCCGUGGGGAACAGAAGGGCGCAGACGCACCUCAGCGCUCAGAGGCCCGGCUCCCCUCUGGGAGGGAGGCGAAGGUCGUGAGGCGCGGCCCCGGUGUCCACGAGACCCCUCCGUGAUCCGUGCCGAGCCGGCCGGGCCGUGGGAACCAGCGACGGCCUCAGGGAAGCCGAGCGGUGACCCCAGCGGGCAUCGCCGUGACGGGCACGCACGGUGCUGCCCUUCCCGAGGACGGACCGGAUGGCACCGUCACCGUUGCACGUGGGUUCCAGGGGGACGGUAGCGACGGGGUUGGUGCGAAGGUGUCUCGCCAACACCGGUAAGCUCUGCCUCUCUUCCACAGUGUUAGGGGACUUCCCGCCACAGCGCACGUGGCCAUCGUGUCCCCUGGUGUCCUCUGCAUUGUUGCCAAAUAGCGCAGGCUGCCUCUUGCCAGAUGCGCCCCCCACAGGCUGGUGGGGCGAGCGCCGUGAAUCCCUCAGGCGGAGUGCAGUCGGGGUCACUGAAGCCUCCCGAAGCUGCCGCUGCUUACGGGAGAGAGUGCCGCCUCCCGCCGCGGGCUGGUGUCACCCCCCCUCUCCCCCCCCCCCCCCCCCCCGGCGGGCACCCUCCUGCAAGAGCGCGGCGGAAGUCACACGCACUCACACGCUGUGACCUAACAGACUAAUCGGACGCACCUGUUUGCGAUAUGAAACCCCACCUGCUUUAAUUUUACGAUAAAUUAAAUAACGCACCUGCAGCCGUUGCAAGGCGUUCUUAGAACAUCCAAGGUUUUCCCGCCAGUUGUUGUGGCGUCCCCACCAAUCCAGUGACGGCGCCCCGAACGGUCCGCCGAGAAAGCACGCGGUUCCCAGCAGCCCCCCUCAGGACCCGAAGCUGAAGCCGACUUCUCCUGCAUAAACUCCACACACAGCGGGGCCAGCCCCGGCCUUACUGUGCUGUCCGGAGGGUUCCGGAGAUCCGUUCGGUAAGAAUGAAUGAAAAGUACACGUCGCCCCAGACACGGCCGUCCUCUGUCCCGGGGGCCACGUGGGCCGAUGCCUGUCGGUCGCAAUCUCCUUGUCUUCGCCCGCGUUGUAAACCCGGAUGGAAAGAACUCGGACGCGCGUCUCCAGAAGACGGGCUUCGCAAGGGCGACGCCGUUGAAACGCACCCGGGGCGCCGGACGGGGCAGCGCGGGAGACGCCCGUGGCUUCUGUCCCCUCCUUUCUCCCCCACCUCCCCUCCACCCAGGGCCGGCCCCAGAGGCGGUGACGUCACGCGUCGAGAAGACAAGAGCCUGGACGUGGAGCGGGCCUCGGAGCACCAUCUGGAAGUCGGGCCCGUCCCAACUCGCUCCGCCGCCUCGAGGUGCUCGCCCGCCUGCGUGUCGUGUCGCCGCGAGCCGUCCAGACAAAGACCAACUCCAAGCCUGUUCAGAAAAUCCCCUCGAUCCUACGUUGCUGUCGUCUAGACACAAAAGUGCAUUUAAUUCAGACUUUGUUUCACGGUGGAAAUCUUCU